AGAUGAGAGAAUGCAGAGGAGAGGAGAGAACAGAGGAGGGAAGAGAACAGAGGAGGGAAGAGAACAGAGGAGGGAAGAGAACAGAGGAGGGAAGAGAACAGAGGAGGGAAGAGAACAGAGGAGGGCAGGGAACGGAGGCGAGGAGACAACAGAGGAGAGGAGAGAACAGAGGAGGGGAGAGAACAGAGAGAGGAGAGAACAUAGGAGAGGAGAAAUCAGAGGAGAGGAGAGAACCGAGGAGGGGAGAGAAAAGAGGAGAGGCGAGAACAGAGGAGAGGAGAGAACAGAGGAGAGGGGAGAACAGAGGAGAGGAGAGAGCAGAUGAGAGGAGAGAACAGAGGAGAGGAGAGAUCAGAGGAGAGAAGAGAACAGAGGAGAAGAGAGAACAGAGGAGGGGAGAGAACAGAGGAGAGAAAGAACAGACGAGGGGAGAGAACAGAGGAGGGGAGAGAACAGAGGAGAGGAGAGAACAGAGGAGAGGGGAGAACAGAGGAGAGGAGAGAAAAGAGGAGAGGAGAGAGCAGAUGAGAGGAGAGAACAGAGGAGAGGAGAGAACAGAGGAGAGGAGAGAACAGAGGAGAAGAGAGAACAGAGGAGGGGAGAGAACAGAGGAGAGAAGAGAACAGACGAGGGGAGAGAACAGAGGAGGGGAGAGAACAGAGGAGAGGAGAGAACAGAGGAAAGGAGAGAACAGAGGAGAGAAAGAACAGAGGAUAGGAGAGAACAGAGGAGAGGAGAGACAAGAGGAGAGGAGAGAACAGAGGAGGGGAGAGAACAGAGGAGGGGAGAGAACAGAGGCGAGGAGAGAACAGAGGAGAGGAGAGAACAGAGGAGAGGAGAGAACAGAGGAGGGGAGAGAACAGAGGCGAGGAGAGAACAGCGGAGAGGAGAGAACAGAGGAGAGGAGAGAACAGAGGAGAGGAGAUAACAGAGGAGAGGACAGAACAGAGGAGAGGACAGAAUAGAGGAGGGGAGAGAACUGAGGUGAGGA